UGAUACCUAACAGUUUAAAAUUAUGUAAAUCGAUAAUAUUUUAUUUUAUUUUGUUCAGGAACUACAUAAUUUGAAAAAGAAGUUCUUCAUAAGCUAUCAUUUUUAAAAUUUGAAUUAAAGCGAGCAGUAAAUAAUCAAAGAGAUAUGGCCCAAAGAAUGGAGAUAAUAGAAAGUAGACUUGAAAAUAUUCCAUCAUAUGACAUCUCCAAUUUUAACAACAAUGACUCGUCUUUAAUUGAUAGAGAUUUCAAUAUAUCACUUGACAAUUUAAUUGAUCUUGAAAUCUUUGAAGAAAAAAUUUCUGGCAGUAAAGAAUUCCGUACUCAGUUGGUAAAUAAACUUUCAUACAUCGGCGGUAAACAUGUCAAGGCAAUGGUCAAACGGGUGAUGGGAAAAUUGUUCAAAGAUGAACUAUUAAAAGAUUUCUCAUACACCGGGAAAAAAGGCAAAAAAAAAUUUUGUAGCCUGGGUUGUACUUCUGUGAUUUUUGAUGCUGUCAAGAAGCAAAAUAAAUUUCAAAAUUCAUCUCAAAAUGAAAUGGAGGAAAUCAUCAAAUAUGUACUUGCUCAAGCCCCAUUUAAUUUAAAAAGAAUUUCUGAUAAGAAUUUCUCUGCUUAA